GAGACAUUCAGUCCAGACAGACCAGUCGAGGCAACUCGAUGCACAUUCCGUGUACGCCUCGUGAUUUUUCGACACAUUAUAUAGUUCGUUGUUAUAUUAUUAAUAUUAUUAUUAUUAUUAUUAUUAUUAUUAUUAUUAUUAUUAUUAUUAUUAUUAUUAUUAUUAAUAUUAUUAUUAUACCUAAUCCCUUUUCCUUAUUAUUGAUAAAAAUUAUUGUUUGACUUGAUCGUAAUUGAAAAUCGUGACAUCAUUUGUUUUUUAAAUUUAUGAAAAAAAUUAUGAUUUAUAAUGUAUUAGUAUAGUGAUUUUAACGUGAGAUUUUGGUAUAAGACAGGACCAAUAAUAUUAUCGUGAAUAUAUUUGUGAAUAAAUAAGGAAGAGGACAUCGUUUAAUUAAAAUGGACGUAUGAUAAAUCGUGAUAGUUCGAUGACCGGUGUUUAUGUGUUUUCUUGGUUUCUAAUUUUUGGGAUUAAUGAGAUUUUCGAAUGACGAAUAAGAGGAUUUGAAUAGAAUUUUUGUAUGAUAACAAAAAGUGUUGAUAAAUUCGAAGAUUGGAACUUGAUCAUCAGUGUAACCAAAAACAGUGUUGAAACAAGAGAGAGAGGAGAGAGAGAGAGAGUGAUACUUGAAACUUGAAUAUUCAAACUAUGUGCAAAACUCAUGAGAAUUAAUUAAACAUUGAACUGUUAAAUAAGUGAAGAGAAAGAAGAAAAUUAGAAAGGUGUAGAAUCUGAAGUCUUAUCAAAAGGUUCGUUCCUUACGUAAAAAAAAAAAAAAAGGAAAGAAAAAAACAAGAAAUAAAAUCAUAAUUAAUAAUUGGCUUGGGUAAAGGAAAAGGAGAGAAGGAAAAGGAAAGCGGAAAUGGCCGGCAGGCGCGCAAUUCUGCUUGGCAAUUAUGUUAAGUGGGCAAUUAGCAAUUAAGCAAGGAGCCGGAGCUGAGCGGCCCCUUAAUUGCGUCCGAGACGUUAAGGUGGUGGUGGUCAAGCGAACGAACGGCGGAGGUGGAGCAAACGUGUUGACGAGAGGGAGGAAGUAAGAAAGGAAGGAAGGAAGUGCAAGCAAGGUGUAACGAAAAAAGAAAAAAAAAACGAAAAGUCAUUCGAUACCUAACUUUAUGACUUAUUGACUUAUCAUGUCAAUCUGAUCGAUUAAACAUCGAUUAUCGGUUGAUAAAUUGGGGAUUUGUUUGAAAUAGAAAUAACAUUUUUGAUGUCAUCAUUGUGUCAUUCAAUUAGAAUCGAUAAAGAUAAAAUUUCUUGACACUUUGUUCUGUUAUCAAAAUAUUUGAUAGGUGAAUCGAAUUAUUUUGUAAUGUUCCUCGAGAUCGUUGAGAUCCCGAUGGAUGAAUUUAAGAUUGAUGGAAUUACGCGAUCAACAAGACAUUGGAUACAGUGAACGGUGAUUUAAACAAACAAGACAAUAUAAAAGGUUUCUUCAAAAUAGACUCUAAAAAACCCACUUUUGCUAAUAGAUCUAACGAUCCAAAAAAAAGAAAAAAACAGAAAACCAGGAAACGAAAUAGUUGUAGAAAAAUCAAAAGGAAAAGGAAAGAUUAGGUGGGUAGUGAUUUGUUCGUGGCAAAAGAAACAUUUGGAUCAUCCGGCAAGAUUCUUUCUCCCAGGUACAGGACGAGUCCUGGCGUGGCGACAGAGGCACCCGUUGGUGCCCUUAGCCCGAAGGAACCACCGACGUCAACCGUAAUGACGGUCCACCAUCAUCAGAACCACCACGUGGCGGCUCUCAGUGGCGUCGGCGUUGCCGUCGCCGGGAACGGACUUAAUUUAAGCAGAAUGUCAUCAGGCCUUGAUGCACACAAUUUGGACAAUAUUGUCGAUAGAAAUGGAGGAGUAGCCAUGGAAUUACUUUCCAAUGGUUUAGAUGCUACUAGAAACAAGAGUCAUAAUAAUAAUAAUAAUAACAAUAACAAUAACAACAAUAACAAUCACAAUAACAGUUUACCACGAGGUGGUAGUGCACCUACGACUAUGCCCCAAAGAUCGAGGUUCAUGAUCACCGAUAUUCUUGCAAGUGCUUCGAGCAAAGUACACCCGUCGGUUCUGCCAGCCCAAGAACCACCUGGAAGUCCACCUUCCACACCUAGGGAUCUAAGCGUUCGACAUCAAUCCAAAUCUUCCUUGAGCAAUAGCAAUCUUGACGAAGAUAGCGACGCCAGUCAUCACGACGGUGCUUCCGUCACUUCCAACGGUGGUAAAGAAGAUGAUCCUAAAGGUUGUUCGUCCAGUGCCUUGAGUUCGUCUCAAAGCAAGAAGCAACGGAAAGCUCGUACGGCUUUUACCGAUCAUCAGUUGCAGACAUUGGAGAAGAGUUUCGAACGACAAAAAUAUCUCAGCGUACAGGAUAGAAUGGAACUCGCGUCUAAAUUACAACUAACCGAUACGCAAGUGAAAACGUGGUAUCAAAAUAGAAGAACAAAAUGGAAGAGACAAACGAUGGUCGGUUUUGAAAUAAUGGCUGAAAGUAAUUACGCAGUAGCCGCAUUCCAACAAUUUUAUGGAAGUGGUGCUGGUGCAGCGGUACCAACCCAUCCUGCAGCAGGAAGAUAUUUUCCUUACGCUACGGGUCAUCAUUUACCAUCGAAUCAAUUGUUUUAUCAACAAGCAACUGCAGCUGUUACAUUGCAAAAACCAUUACCAUACAGACUUUAUCCACCUACCAUGAUCCUAGCUGGACCAAGUGCUGGACCAUUUGGUUCGCUUGCUGCCAGCUCGAGUUUAUCAAGUUUGAGCAAUUAUUACAGAGAUAGUCCUGAUAUGGUUGACGAUAGGGAUAGGGAAAGUAGAAAGGAUAGGAAGGAUAGGGAAACAAUGCAAAGGGAUAGAAGUAGAAGUCGGGAAGGUUCACCAAUUAGGAGAGAUGAUACUCCUGAAAGUAUAAAAGCUGAUAGCGAUGAAGAAAGUAUACACGAUAUUUAGGACAUAAAUCAUACGAUCUAUGAUUAAUACUAUAGAUCAAAAUGAUUAUUUCGUAAUUAAUAA